UUAGGAUCACUGUUAAAGUUAGGAAGCUACUAUUGGCUGUACCUACAGGUGGCCUGCUGUGAUUCGUCGGCGGAGGAAAUGCCGCGAAAAUGCUCCAAUCAUGAACCGAACCGGAUAUUGCAUGAAGAAAAUUUCCUCAGAAUUUCAGAAAUUUGUUUACGCGAACGGCGGGUGGCCGUCGGGUUUUUCUCGACUGCGGAUAUCAAUUUAGUGUUUUUAUCGGAUCCAUAGCUGAUCGCUUCCUAAGAAGAACGUAGUUACUAUCUGUGCAAGAGAAUUGAUUGAAUUCCCUGUGCAAGUAGCACGUCGGACGCGUUCCAUUUAUAAAAGUGAUCGAUAACGACUCCCAUUGUUUAUUGUUGAAAUAUUGUGUGUCCUUCUUUAUUAGCUGGCUGAAAAGCUGAAACUGUUUGAUUGUGUUUUUUCUGUAAUCAAACAUCAUUAGCAUCUCCGUGUGACUUAUUUAUGAACAAAAACAAAUGAACAAUUUAAAUCAGUGCAUUUCUAUGAGUGACAGAUUGAGGAAAUUAAAAAUGAACAUUCCGUAUCACGUAACAUUAACCUAAGAUUUGAUCAAAGCAAUUUUACUCAUAAGAUACAGAUGUUGUUAAGCUUAUCAUAUAAGUAAUCUCGGACAUUAUGUGGUGCCGUGAAGUGCCCUUUGUGAAUCUAACAGUGGGAUAGAAGUCUAUUGUUUAUGUUAUACGAUGCUCUAAAAACAUGUCAGGCAGUAACUCAAAGAACAAAGCUCGCUCCAAAAAGCAGGAGGGAUGGGAGGAAGCUGGGGGAGAGUUCUACCAGGAGCUGUACCCUGGAGGGGAGCAGGAGCUGUUCGAUAAUCUGCAGAGAGCUGAUGCUGCUAAACUUGCCACGUUGCUGCCAAGCAAGCAGGCUCGGAAUACUACGACGGUGAAACGCGCGCGUUCGCAGAAUGAGCGCCGACAGUCCACUUACGCGCGGACCACACAGAGCCGAGAUAUACAUCUGUCUAUGUUGCCGGAUUUAUCAGAGAACCUAUCGAACGAGGAGCGAACAUGGGAGGAGAUCAUGCAGAUCAAGGCUAUGCCGGUACCCAUGAACCAGAAACGAGAGCUCAAGGCGAGGUUACAGAACGCCACAAAACUCCGCCUACAAGGCUUCGAGCAGCUGCAAUGGAGACAACGCAAGGUCUGGCAUCGGUUCAGCAUAAGAUUCUCAGAAAUAGUCGGCAAGCUGGAACUCUGGCAGUCUCCCAUGAGAGAGAUCGAAGGCAAGUUCGGGACCGGCGUAGUCUCUUACUUCCUCUUCCUACGAUGGCUGCUAUUCCUAAACUUAGCCAUCUCAGUAAUAAUAAUACUAUUCAUGAUACUCCCAAAGACUUUACUUCACGAAAUACAUUAUCCCUGCGAAGAUUAUGAACAGAAUUCCACUAUAUGCUGUUCCAAUUACUAUAUGACGAAGAAUUUGACCGAUUCCAACGUGUUUUUCGACGUCAUCCAAGGUACUGGGUGGAUGGAACGAACUAUACUGUUCUAUGGCGUCUACACAGACCAAAUCUACUCAUAUUACAUAGCAAAUUUGUUCCAAAGUGAGCUUUAUUAUAACAUGCCUAUGGCUUAUAUUCUUGUGGCUAUCUCUUGGGUUUUAUUGUCUUUGAUUGCCAUAGUCAAAACAGCGGCAAGAGGUUUCAAGGAGAGGUUAGUUGAGAAUGAAGGACAAUUUUACAAAUAUUGCAAUUUAGUCUUCGGUGGCUGGGAUUUCUGUAUCCAUAAUGAUAAAUCAGCUAAAAUUAAACACAAAGGUAUAUAUAAUGAGGUAAAAGGAUACCUAGAGGAGGAAAAAAUUAAUGAGGAAAGACAAUUGAGGACUAGGGAGUCACAAAUAUUGAUAUAUUUCAAGCGGUUGCUAGUCAACAUAGUAGUUUUUGUGAUACUCAUAGCUUCAGGCGUCCUUAUAUACUUCACUUUUAAUUAUUCCACGGACAAAUUAAACGAAGAUACCUCUAAAUUUAGUGAAAAUCUGAAUGAGGUACACGUAGAAAAUUCCAACCAAUCUCACACUGAAAAAUUCACUCUAAGGCUAUACAAGGAAGGUGGAUUAUUCUUUGGCCAGUUAGAGAACACGUUGUUAGAAUUUUUACCCUUUAUAUGUAUAGUAGUUUUAAACAUAAUAGUACCAGAAAUAUUUAGUUAUUUAAUAAAAUUUGAGUCUUACACUCCUGCUUACGUCUUAUUCAUAACUCUAUUGCGAACAGUUUUACUUAGACUGUCUUCUUUAGCCGUGCUUCUGAGUCAAAUGUACACAUAUGUAAGAGAUAACCGGUUUGUUUGUUCGUACAAUAACAAUGACCCAUCAAAACUAGACUGUUGGGAGACCUAUGUAGGCCAACAACUAUAUAAGUUGAUCCUAACUGAUUUCGCAGUACAAUUUGUAACGACGUUUUUCAUUAAUCUACCCAGAGCGUUUGUAGCGAGACAUACGAACAGUCGAUGCUUCAAAAUGAUAGGCGAACAAGAUUUCUAUCUACCUAAACAUGUUCUAGACAUAGUUUACACACAAACUAUAAUAUGGAUGGGUUCAUUCUUCUGUCCAUUUCUACCAAUCAUUGGAACUAUAUUUUAUUUUUUAAUAUUUUACAUUAAAAAGUUCACCUGUCUGACGAACUGUACGCCGUCUCCAGUUGUAUACAAAGCGUCAAAAUCCAAGUCCCUAUUCAUGUCUGUAUUACUCCUAGGUUUUAUAGUGUCCAUAGCUCCGGUAGCUUACUCCGUGGCAGAAAUAUUCCCUUCAGUAAACUGCGGGCCUUUCAGAGGCUAUGGGAACGUUUGGGAAUUUGUUGUGCAGACGUUUGAGGGCUUUCCUUUUGUUAUUAGGGAGUUUAUAUUCCGGUUAGGCACAUCUACGUUCGCAGUACCAGCAUUUGCGGUCUUACUUUUCUUUCUAUACUAUUAUUGGGCUGUUGCGGCCGCUAAUAGACAUAUGGUUACAGUUUUAAAGAACCAACUCGUUCUAGAAGGCCACGAUAAGCAGUUUCUUCUAAAUAGAUUAAGUGCUUUCAUAAGACAGCAUCAGAAACGCUGUGAGCGGAGGAACAGAGCCAGUUUUGCUGAUGACGACUCCAUAAGACAAAGUUCCCGGUAAAAUUUUGAUUAGCUAGCUAUUUUUAAGGUGUUUUUAUCCGAUUUCAAUAAGUUUUAUAGUGAAAUUUCUAUUGGAUAAAGAAAUUGGGUUAAAAUAUUGCACCCGGCUGGUUUUCAGGUAAAAUAUACAUGCUCAAAACUAGAUUUUUGUUUAGUAUCAAAAUAAUUUUUGCACUUCAUAGAUGGCGCCUCUGGCGAAUUAAAUACUAUUAGUCACAGAUUCACAAUAGCUUUAAGAAGUUUAAUUAUCAAAAUAUAUCGGAUGUCGUGGUGGCCCGGAGGUUUAAGACGCCCGCUUCUCAUGAAUGAG